GAUGUGCAACAGAAUGAAAAUAUAUAAAUGCCUGGAGUCUGGGAAAAGCUUCAGUCGCAGUUCCACUCUUACCUCCCACCGAAGAAUUCACACAGGGGAAAAACCGUAUACAUGCCUGGAGUGUGGGAAAAGCUUCAGUCACAGUUCACACCUUAGUGCCCAUCAGAAAAUUCACACUGGAGAGGAACCCUAUAAGUGCCUGGAGUGUGGGAAAAGCUUCAGUCGCAAUUCCACUCUUACUUCCCACCGAAGAAUUCACACAGGGGAAAAACCAUAUACAUGCCUGGAGUGCGGAAAAAGCUUCACUACCAGUUCACACCUUAGUGUCCAUCAGAAAAUUCACACUGGAGAGAAACCCUAUAAAUGUCUGGAAUGUGGGAAAAGCUUCAGUCACAGUUCCAUUCUUACUUCCCAUCGAAGAUUUCACACAGGGGAAAAACCAUAUAUAUGCCUGGAGUGCGGAAAAAGCUUCACUAAGAGUUUCAGCCUUACCUCCCACCGAAGAAUUCACACAGGGGAAAAACCGUAUACAUGCCUGGAGUGUGGGAAAAGCUUCAGUUGCAGUUCCACUCUUACUUCCCACCGAAGAAUUCACACAGGGGAAAAACCGUAUACAUGCCUGGAGUGUGGGAAAAGCUUCAGUCAGAGUUCACACCUUAGUGUCCAUCAGAAAAUUCACACUGGAGAGAAACCCUAUAAAUGCCUGGAGUGUGGGAAAAGCUUCAGUCGCAAUUCCACUCUUACUUCUCACCGAAGAAUUCACACAGGGGAAAAACCGUAUACAUGUCUGGAGUGUGGGAAAAGCUUCACUAAGAGUUUCAGUCUUACUUCCCACCAAAGAAUUCACACAGGGGAAAAACCGUAUACAUGCCUGGAGUGUGGAAAAAGCUUCACUGACAGUUCCAGUCUUACUUCCCACCGAAGAAUUCACACAGGGGAAAAACCGUAUACAUGCCUGGAGUGUGGGAAAAGCUUCACUAAGAGUUUCAGUCUUACUUCCCACCGAAGAAUUCACACAGGGGAAAAACCGUAUACAUGCCUGGAGUGCAGAAAAAACUUCAGUCACAGUUCCGCUCUUACUUCCCACCGAAGAAUUCACAUGGGAAAACCGUAUACAUGCCUGGAGUGUGGAAAAAGCUUCACUGAAAGUUCCACUCUUACUUGUCACCAAAGAAUUCACACAGGGGAGAAACCAUAUAAAUGCUUGGAGUGUGGGAAAAGCUUCACUCAAAACUCUGCUCUUGCUUCCCACCAAAGAAUUCACACAGGGGAGAAACCAUAUACAUGCCUGGAGUGUGGUAAAAGCUACAGGCAGAAGUCAAACCUGACUUCCCACCAAAGGAUACACAGAGGAAUGAAAAUAUAUAAAUGCCUGGAGUGUGGGAAAAGCUUCAGUCGCAGUUCCACUCUUGCUUCCCAUGAAAGAAUUCACACAGGGGAAAAACCGUAUAAAUGCCUGCAGUGUGGGAAAAGCUUCAAUCGCAGUUCUAACCUUAGUGUCCAUCAAAAAAUUCACACAGGGGAAAAACCUUAUACAUGCCUGGAUUGUGGUAAAAGCUUCAGUCAGAGUUCACAGCUUAGUGUCCAUCAGAAAAUUCACACUGGAGAGAAACCCUAUAAAUGUCUGGAGUGUGGGAAAAGCUUUAGUAAUAGUUUUGCUCUUACUACCCACGGAAGAAUUCACACAGGGGAGAAACCAUAUAAAUGCCUGGAGUGUGGGAAAAGCUUCAGUCGCAGUUCCACUCUUGCUUCCCAUGAAAGAAUUCACACAGGGGAAAAACCGUAUAAAUGCCUGCAGUGUGGGAAAAGCUUCAAUCGCAGUUCUAACCUUAGUGUCCAUCAAAAAAUUCACACAGGGGAAAAACCUUAUACAUGCCUGGAUUGUGGUAAAAGCUUCAGUCAGAGUUCACAGCUUAGUGUCCAUCAGAAAAUUCACACUGGAGAGAAACCCUAUAAAUGUCUGGAGUGUGGGAAAAGCUUUAGUAAUAGUUUUGCUCUUACUACCCACGGAAGAAUUCACACAGGGGAGAAACUGUAUACAUGCCUGGAGUGUGGGAAAAGCUUCACUCACAGGUCCAGUCUUACUUCCCACCGAAGAAUUCACACAGGGGAGAAACCGUAUACAUGCCUGGAGUGUGGAAAAAGCUUCAAUCGCAGUUCUAACCUUAGUGUCCAUCAGAAAAUUCACACUGGAGAGAAACCCUAUAAAUGCCUGGAGUGUGGGAAAAGCUUCAGUCAGAGUUCUGCUCUUACUACCCACCGAAGAAUUCACACAGGGGAGAAACCGUAUACAUGCCUGGAGUGUGGGAAAAGCUUCACUGACAGUUCCAGUCUUACUUUCCACCGAAGAAUUCACACGGGGGAAAAACCGUAUACAUGCCUGGAGUGUGGAAAAAGCUUCAAUCGCAGUUCUAACCUUAGUGUCCAUCAGAAAAUUCACACUGGAGAGAAACCCUAUAAAUGCCUGGAGUGUGGGAAAAGCUUCAGUCAGAGUUCUGCUCUUACUACCCACCGAAGAAUUCACACAGGGGAGAAACCGUAUCCAUGCCUGGAGUGUGGGAAAAGCUUCCCUGACAGUUCCAGCCUUACUUCUCACCGAAGAAUUCACACAGGGUAGAAGCC